AUGGACCCCGCCCGCAUCAAAGCUCGCAUCAUUCCAGCCGAUGGCCAUCUUCCAAAUGUGGAGCGCGAUGCCCUGGAAGCUCAUAGGAUGCUCAAGUCCGGCGGAGUGGUCAUCGUUCCCACAGACGUAGGCUACGGUUUGCUAUCUGCAAGUGCAGAAGGUAUAGAUCGCGCUUUCGCGGCCAAACAACGCAGACCUGGACAUACGCUCGGUAUCGUAGGGACCUAUCUGCAGCACAGUCAGCUACACGUGCUUUCAGACGAUGCAGAAGAGCACCAACGCAGGUUGGAAUUGACACAUGUCUUGACGAGAGAUAUGGGUGCGACGCUGGGAAUCGUGGGAAAACUACGAGCAGAACAUCCACGGCUGCAGCAACUCAGCGCUGCGACUCUGGAGCGUUGCACGAAAGAGGGAAGCGUGGGUAUUGCCGUGCCAGAGGGACCAUUCCUCACCGAGCUUGGAAGACUGAACGACGAAGACGGUUUGUUAAUGGUCGGAAGUAGUGCGAAUCUCACAGGCCAAGGGCAGAAGUACCGCGUUGAAGAUAUCGAGCCUGAAGUUCUGGAGGCGGCUGAUCUUAUCGUGGACUAUGGCUUGCAAAAAUGGCAGCUUUAUCGGAGACCUGGAUCUAAUUACGAUUUCUACAACAUGAGGCUGCUCAGGGUGGGAGCAAAUUACGAAGUUUUCAGGGAACGGAUGCGGAAGUGGGCAGGCGUGGAGCUGCCUGACGAUCCGGAGCACAAGACUGAUAGCGUGAAGCCAGUUGGUAUCAGCAUCAAUGUGUAA